CAAGUCUCACUCCAAUUGGCAGGAUACUAGCCACGUAAUACACGCGGAGAAAGACAAGGGUGUCGCAAACUCGUUGGACACAGUCUCUGCAUUUCUCUCUCUUGCUAACCUAAAGGUGACGGAAUUUGAUUUGUGGGGCGAAAUUGAUUUGAAAGAGAAACCAUGGCCGCACCACCAGCAAGGGCUCGUGCUGAUUACGAUUACUUGAUUAAGCUUCUCUUGAUUGGGGACAGCGGUGUCGGGAAGAGUUGUCUUCUACUACGUUUCUCUGAUGGUUCCUUCACAACUAGUUUCAUUACCACAAUUGGAAUUGACUUUAAAAUAAGAACAAUUGAUCUUGACGGAAAGCGGAUUAAGUUGCAAAUCUGGGAUACAGCUGGUCAGGAGCGUUUUCGAACUAUCACAACAGCGUAUUACCGUGGAGCCAUGGGGAUUUUGCUGGUCUAUGAUGUCACUGAUGAAUCAUCUUUCAACAAUAUCAGGAACUGGAUUCGGAAUAUUGAGCAACACGCAUCUGACAAUGUCAACAAAGUACUGGUGGGAAACAAGGCAGACAUGGAUGAAAGUAAAAGGGCUGUGCCUACAUCCAAAGGUCAAGCUCUUGCUGACGAGUAUGGUAUCAAGUUCUUCGAAACUAGUGCAAAGACAAAUUUGAAUGUCGAGGAGGUUUUCUUUUCAAUUGCAAGGGAUAUCAAGCAAAGGCUUGCAGAAACUGAUACCAAGGCUGAGUCUCAAACAAUCAAGAUUAACCAAGCAGAUCAGGCAGCCAAUGGUGGCCAAGCAGCUCAGAAGUCAGGUUGUUGUUCAUAAGGGGGAAUCUAAGAAACAGACUGAACAGGAAAAGGUUAUGCCAGUGACUUCCAUUGAAGUAUAAAAUUGAUUCUGAUGACAUUUUGGUUGGUCCAGAUCUCUGUGCCCUUGUUAUUUUUUUUCCCAGUUAUCAAUCUUAGUGUGUUUAAGGCAGUUCUUUAUUUGCUUAAUUAUGUGGAGUUUAUGAUGAUACCCUUUUUCCAUUCCUUUCCUUUCGGGAUUUAAAACUCAUUGACCAGUCUUUGAUGUAGAUAGAUAAUCCAUAUUUAGCUUAUUUCUUCUGAUUCA